GCAUAUAAAACUUCAUGACAACCAGUUUGGCUUUCAAACUGGACUGUCAACUGAAAGCGCUGUUCUUUGUGUUAAGCAUGCUAUUAGAUACUAUACAAAUCGAAAAACGCCAGUCCAUGCAUGCUUUCUCGACCUGUCGAGAGCUUUUGAUCUGGUUUCUUAUGACAUCUUGUGGAAAAAGCUCGAAAAUUUUCAAUUACCAUCAGAGCUCAUAAAUAUCUGCAAAUAUUGGUAUGGAAAUCAGCUCAAUAGCGUGCGAUGGGCGGGGACUAUGUCGCAGUCAUACAGAUUGGAGUGUGGUGUGAGGCAAGGAGGGUUGUCUUCGCCGGUACUAUUUAAUCUGUAUAUUAAUGAUCUGAUUGUUGCUUUGAGUGGUACCCGUGUCGGCUGUCACAUAGACGGCAUUAAUGUUAAUAAUAUAAGUUAUGCUGAUGACAUGGUGCUGCUCAGCGCGUCGAUAUGUGGGCUUAAAAAACUCGUGGCUAUUUGCGAGUCAUAUGCUGCAUGCCACGGACUGAUAUACAAUGCUGUGAAAAGUGUGGUCAUGGUCUUUGAGAGCAGAGGCAAAAACUCAAUAGGCUUUCCAGAUAUUAAACUUAAGGGUAUAGCGCUGAAGAGGGUGUAUAAAUUUAAAUAUUUAGGACAUCAAUUGGCCUCGGAUCUCAAAGAUGAUGAUGACAUUGAACGGGAGCGGAGGGCGCUGGCGGUGAGGGCGAAUAUGAUAGCACGCAGGUUUGCGCGGUGCUCUGGACAAGUUAAAAUUACGUUAUUUAGAUCACAUUGCACAUCUUUCUAUGCAUGCAACCUGUGGGCUGUAUAUACUCAAAAAUCCUACAGCGACCUCCGUAUCCAAUAUAAUAACGCGUUCAGGGUGUUGAUGGGGCUGCCACGAUUCUGCAGCGCGUCAGGGAUGUUCGCUGAGCAUCGUGUAGAUUGUUUUUAUGCCACGAUGCGAAAAAGGUGUGCAUCCCUGGUGCGCAGAGUACGUGCCAGCACCAACAGCAUCCUGAGUAUGAUAGCAAGCAGGCUGGACUGUGUGUACGUUAAUCACUGCUGCGCAAUUUCCAAUGGAAUUGUGCAGCGGUGAUUAUCUGUAUACUGCUUAAUAUAUUGUAUGUGUGUAUGUGUGUGUAUGUGUAUUGUGUAUGUAAAUUUACUAACAUUAGUUUUUAAGAAUAUUGUUACUAAUAAAUAUUUAAUGGACCAAAAAGUCUGAAAUAAAAAUUAUUAUUAUUAUUA